AGCAUGCGCGGGUCACGUGGGCGGCGCUGUGGGGGAAGCAUGGCGGCGCCCUGUGCUGCAGUGAGGGGCGUGUGUGUGCUCGCAGGCUCCAGACUGUUACAGAGGGCAGCAGCACGGUUGUCUGGAAGUCAGCCAUGUCCUGGACCUGUGGCCCAGUCCCCCCCCCCACGCCGCUGCUUCUUCUGGAGGAAAGGGACGAGUUCACACAGUGUAGUCCGGCCGGCUGUGGUGCGUCCAGCUUAUGCUGUACCCAAGCACAUCCAGAAGCCGGACUACGUCUCCUCCAGCACCGUGCCUGAGUGGCCUGAUUAUAUCGAGAUUAAAGACGAGGAGCAGAUCGAGGGUUUGAGGAGAGCCUGCCAACUCGCCAGGCACGUUCUCCUGCUGGCAGGAAAGAGCCUGAAGGUUGGCAUGACCACAGAUGAAAUAGACUUUAUUGUUCACCAAGAGACGAUCAGACACAAUGCCUACCCCUCUCCUCUGCUCUACGGUGGAUUCCCCAAAUCCGUCUGCACCUCAGUAAACAACGUGGUGUGUCACGGGAUACCAGACAGCCGGCAACUUCAGGACGGAGAUAUCAUUAACAUAGAUGUUACUGUAUACCUGGAAGGAUACCACGGAGACACUUCAGAGACGUUUUUGAUUGGUUCAGUGGAUGAACAAGGCAGGAAGUUGGUGGACGUGGCGAGGCAGUGUAGAGACCAGGCCAUCGCUGCAUGUGAACCUGGACAACCGCUGUGUGUUAUAGGAAACACUAUCAGGCUAGCUGGUGCUGUCUUGGAGAAAUGCAGUGUCUGCCAAGCAGGGUCCAGCUCCCCGCCGAGAGACGCACUGAAAGCCACAGGAGGCUUUGGAGAAGAGAGGGAGAAAAGAGGGCACGACGGAGCACACACACAUUUAAAGCUUCCUCCAAACUCUCGCACUGUCUUUUAUACACUUACUUCAGAUUUAGAGAUUAUCCAUGUGUUGACAUUUACUGUAAAACCAUUGCAGACAAUGCUGAUUUUUGAUUCACUCUGUAGAAGGAGUUUGCAAUAAACCUGGCAACCAGACAGGCCAAUAAAAAAUUGCUAUAGAUUUAAGAUAUGCCUGGCAAACCCUUGCUGUAUGUGUGUGAGCAUUAUCCUGCUGAAAAAUAAAAAUAAUCUUUCUUUUAUUGAGUAUAGCAGUGGUUCUACUCCGUAGAAGGAGUUUGCAAUAAAUAUGGCAACCGGACAGGCCAAGAAAUUGUUGCAAUAGGUUUUAAGACAUGCCUGGAAAACCUUUGCUGUAUGUGGCUGAGCAUUAUCCUGAUGAAAAAUGCCACUAGGGUGAGAAACACAUUUAAAGCUUUUUCCAAACUCACUGUCUUUUAUUCGUCUCACUGUCUUUUAUACAGUUACUUCAGAUUUAGAUUUAGAGGUAGAAAAGUGGGCACAAAUAAAUGAAUGCACAUUUAAAGCUUUCUCCAAA